AUGAAUUCUCGCGUUUGUGCUAAAGAACUUAUCGUCGAUAUUGAUGUAGUUGAUUUAACUAAAAUUAACAUUGGUGAAUUUAUUGACGAAAUUGAGGAUGUGGUUGGAAUUGGAAAUGUGUACGCCGUGACUAAAUGUAGACCCAACAUCAUACAAGUUGCCUUGAAUUCAAAAGAAAAUGCCGAGAAACUUUGUAAUGGAUUAUCUGUGAAUGAUAAAACUUUUGAUUGCAAUUUUGCAUAUUCACCAUAUACCAUUGUCUCCUUCAUGGAUAUACCUUCGUAUAUUGAGGAUAUUGUUUUGAUUAACAAACUCAGGAUAUUUAAUAUUGAAAUCGAAGGUAAGGUUAUAAGACAUUAUUAUGAUAAGUAUGAAACUAUUGAAAAUGGUAUUCGACACGUCAAAUGUAUUUUCCCCCCAGACGUCAAAUCCCUCCCAUGGGCAGUAAAUCUAGAGACGAUUCAUGGAUUUAAAAGCUUCCGAGUAAUCCACAAUAACCAGACUAAAGUGUGCCAUAAAUGCCUACAGGACAGUCAUGUAAUAGCUAAUUGUCCUAAAAUAGAAUGCAGAAAGUGCCACCAACUAGGACAUAUGGCUAAUAAAUGUACAGUCAAAUAUUGUGAAAUUUGCAAAAAGUUAGAUAUUAAUUGUGUGUGUAGUAACUACUUCGAUGAUGACAUUAACAGUACUUCUAAUGAACUUCUGAGUGAUAACUCUUUAGCCAAUCAAGAUAUAGAAAGCAAAGUGAACAAAAGCGUGAGCAAACAAUCCAAUAAUUCAAGC